AUGAAGCUGCAUGCGAACAGGCCCGCUCAGAGUCCCACUGCGAGGAUUGCACAUCAGCAGCAACAAGCUGCGACGGGCGGUGGUGCAGCUCUUCCUGGAACAUUAGCGCCCCCGGAAACCUCGUUAGGGCCGGCGGAUUACUCGCUGGAGCCACCCCGUAUCUUCGACCAGUCUCUCCUCGCCAGCCCCUAUACACAAGAAUCGGAAAAUCUGCUGGACUGGCUGAUGCCGGAUUUUCAGAACACUUCCUCGCUGCUGUUACCCAUGGCCGAUUUCUCCGAUACUUCCCAUCCGUUGAUAUCAGCCUUAAGCUGUUUACGCCCGGUGCCCCCCGCUGAUAGCCAGGGGAGCCCUGGCCAGCAUGCGGUGCAUGAAGUUCACAAGCUCGUCGAUGAUGUGUCUAAGAGACUGAACGAUGAUCUACACAACACGGGUGUUACCCCGGCUUUCGUGGAAGCGUGUUUGAGAGAAUACUUUCGGCGAGUAUCGCCGUCUUUCCCGAUAAUGCACGAGCCGACGUUCUCCGUGCGGGACUGUAUCUCCCCUCUGUUGUUAAAUAUGGUUGCUUUGGGUUCACUCUUUGUCUGUCUCCCCAAUGCGGUGAAGCAAGGAGAGAUGCUGUGGAAACUGGGACAUACGGCGGUGGCAGCCUCGUGGCAGAGUUUGAUCGAAGUGCGAGGGCCGCAGGACCAGUGCAAUGGGAUCCAGUUGGUUCUCACGGCUCUUCUGGGGCAAACGUAUGCAUUACUUUCCUGCAACACCAGCAUUCGGACAACCGCGUUUGUCUUUCAUGGAUUAGGCUUCUAUUGGGCGAGGACAUCUGGCAUGUACUCCGUGGAUGAUGCUCAACUAGGAGCCAUGCCCAGCUUGGAAGCAGACUCAACGGCCAAGGAGGUUGCCUGGCGCACCUGGGUGGCCGCAGAAAUUCAACGGCGAGCAACCCUCGGACACUAUGUUUUGGACGGGCUCAUUUCGCAGGCAUCUGGCUCUGCCGCCAGCGCGCGUCAUCUCACAAAUAAAAUCAAGACCGCAUGUUCUGAUGCUGCAUUUGCCGCCGAAACGGCCGACGAAUGGAUUAUCGAAAUGGCGCGGUUGGACCAUGCGCAGAUCCCAUUCUCAGAGCUCUUUAUCCGAGUGUGCGCGAAGGAUUACAUUAAGGCGCCAUUGCAGCUCUCGCUGCUUUCCACUGCGGUUCUGCUCGAAGGCCUGCAAUCAUUAAUUGCCGAGCUACAUGAUGUGGACAGUCCCGCGUUGGGAACCGUUCCACGCUCGCAGAUCAUUCGAGGCCUCCUAAAUAUUUAUGAGGGCGAUCUCUGCACCUCCCGCAGUAUUGACUCCCUCCAGAAUCUGAUCCGCUGGCAUGCCAUGUGCAUCGAGCUUUCCACCCCCACUAUAUUCCUCUACCGCCGCAUCUGCGACGAGUACAAAUUGCCACAAGUCCUCAGCGGUAUUCCCGUCAGAGGCUGGGCGCGCCCCUUGAACCUCACCAUCUGGGCCCAAAGCGUCGAGGCCUUCCGCGCGACUCUCCACGCCGUCUCUAUCAUCCGUCUCUUGAACGAAAUCCCUAGCGGUCACACUCAUGCCAUGCAUAUCCCCGGCUGUGUGUUCGCCGCCGCCAUGAUCCUGAUCGCCAUUCACCUCUGCAAUAAGAACAAGGUCAAGAUCCCCAAAAGUCUGCGAUGGCAUGACGUGUGGGCCGGUGUCCUCGCAGAGAACAAUGCGGUGGAUAGAACCUCACUAGGCGAGCACAUAGAUUAUGCGUCUGCUCCGGCUUCGGCCUUGCCCUCUGUAUCGUCCCCUUCGGCUGACUUCAGUGGGGCCGAGGAACUAAUUCACGCGUUGAACCCAACUGGCGCGGAUGAUACGAUGACCUCCGUGAAUAUACUGUCCGAGGUGAAUUCGUUGCAGAUCAGUCUGAAGACAGUGGCCUCGCGGUGGGGGAUCUCGGCACAGAUGGAAGAGAUUAUUGGGCGUUUGGCGAUGCUUCCUAGGCAGUAG